AUGUCGUCCUCUGUGGCCAUGACAGGUUGGGUCCUUUCAGCUCCCCGGGCCCAACUGAGCCCCACUGAGCUAAGGAAGGUGGCUGCUGCCACACCCCGAGGCCGGGCCCUGAGCCUGCCCCGCACAAGCCCUGCUGGGCAGCCCGCUGAGAGCAACGAUCCGGCGGGCUGCGAGGCCUGGGUCCAUCGCGCCGCGCCACGCGCGGCCGCUCGGAGUGGAGGCCGCCUGGGGGCGGGCAGGCUGGAGGCACAGGUACAUGUGAAGAUUUCUUGGCAGCUUAGUGUGGAAACCAUUGAUCACCUUGCCCUCAUUUCUGCCUGUUCUGUGUCAGCAAGAGAGAGUGCCCAAAUGAGCAAGAUAGCCCAGCGGAACAGUACUCCGGGAGUAAGUGUUAUUCAUACUCAGGCUCAUGCUGGCAGCUUACAGCAGUUUCCUCAGCUGGUGCCUGCUGGCCCGGGGGGAGGAGGCAAAGCCGUGCCCCCAAGCAAGCAAAGCAAAAAGAGUUUGCCCGUGGAUCACAACAGUGAUGAGUAUCGUCAGCGCAGAGAGAGGAACAACAUGGCUGUGAAAAAGAGCCGGUUGAAAAGCAAGCAGAAAGCACAGGAUACACUGCAGAGAGUGAAUCAGCUCAAAGAAGAGAAUGAACGUUUGGAAGCAAAAAUUAAAUUGCUGACUAAGGAAUUAAGUGUAUUGAAAGAUUUGUUUCUUGAGCACGCAGAUAACGUGCAACCCACUAGCACUGAAAAUACAACUUCUGAUAAUGCAGGACAGUAGACCUCACCCCUUCCAAACUUCACAACUUGUGGCUUGAACGUUAAAGGUGUGACUACCUACAUCACUCAUAUCA